AUGGGAGUACCAUUUCCAGAUAUAAACCCAUAUGAGAUACUAGGGGUAUUACCUGAUGCAACACCAAUAGAAAUAAAAAAAUCAUAUAAAAAACUAUGUUUAAAAUUUCAUCCUGAUAAGUUACAACAACAAAAAGAUAUAAUUAUUGAAGAAGAAACUUUUACAAAAGUACAAUUUUCAUUUAGCAUAUUAAACGAUCCAAUAAAAAGAAAUAGAUAUGAUACAUUGGGUUCAUUAUCAGAAUUUAAUGAAGAAUACGAUGAAGAAGGGUUUGAUUGGAAAGAAUAUUUUGCAUCAAUGAAUGAUAAAAUAACUAUUGAAAUGAUUGAAGAAGAUAAAUUGAAAUAUCAAAAUUCAGAAGAAGAAAGACAAGAUAUUAUAACAAAUUUUAUAUACUAUGAAGGUGAUUUUCUAAGGUUAUUUGAAGUUAUACCACAUUUAGAGUUCACAGAAACUGAAGAACAACGAGUUUUUAAAAUUAUUGAAAUUGAGUUACAGUCUUUAAAAGUUGAUAAACAAAUUACAAAAUCAUGGGAGAAAUAUACUAAAAGUAGAAAAUCAAAAGUUAAAAAUAUGUUAAAUAAAUUAGCCAAGGAAGCAAAAGAAGCAAAAGAGUUAGAAAGAUUAAUUCAAGAUAAAAGUAAAGGUCAAAAACAAGACCUUAAAAGUAUGAUCAAGUCACGUCAAAACAAUAGAUUUGAUGAUUUAAUUAACAAGAUGGAAUCAAAAUAUAAAAAUAAAAAAGGUAAAAAAAGAGUCGUUGAUGAUCUUGAUGAUGAUGAAUUUGAAAGAAUUCAACAAGAAAUAAUGAAAAAGAGAAAAUGA